AUGGAUGCCCCUCACCAUCAAAAUGUGCAUACUGUAAGAUCCCAUGGAGCUAGAGUUGCUAGAUCACAUGUAUAUGAUUGGAUAAUAUUGUUUCUUCUUAUGGUGUUAUACCUCAUCAUUUACCUGGUCCAUCCAUUUCGUCGCUAUGUUGGAAGGGAUAUGAUGACUGAUCUCAGAUUUCCAUUGAAAGAAGUCACAGUCAGAUUCUGGGUUGUUCCACUAUAUGCAGUUGUGCUACCUCUCAUUAUUUUUCUCGGGUUUUAUUACAGGAGGAAAGAUGUGUACGAUCUGCACCAUAGUAUACUUGGUCUUUUAUUCACUGUAUUCGCGACCGGAGUCUUAACAGAGGCAACAAAGAAUGCAACCGGAAGACCCCGGCCGGAUUUCUUUUGGCGCUGUUUUCCGGAUGGUCAAGAUUUUUAUGAUCUAGCUGGGGAUGUUAUUUGCCAUGGAAAGGAGAGUAUGAUUAGAGAUGGAUAUAAAAGUUUUCCAAGUGGCCAUGCUUCAUGGUCAUUUGCUGGCCUAACUUUUCUUUCAUUAUACUUGGCAGGCAAAAUCACUGCAUUUGACCAAAGGGGUCAUGUUGGGAAAUUAUGUGUUGUUGUUUUUCCCUUACUGGUUGCAUCUGGUGUUGCCAUAACUCUUGUAGACGACUAUUUUCAUCACUGGGUUGAUGUGUUUGGUGGAGCUAUUCUAGGUCUGAUAGUGGCAACAAUUUGCUACCUGCAGUUUUUCCCACCUCCAUACCAUGCUCAAAGUUGGGGACCUUAUGCAUAUUUCCGGAUGUUGGAAGAGUUGCGGCGUAGUACUAAUGGAACGUCCAACCACCUCACGAAUCUCAUUCGAAAUCGCGAUUUUGCGUUCCCCACUGAAAUUCGUGAUGGGAACGCGCUCCUGACAUGAAAGAAACGCGCUCCCACUCGGUGAGAAACGUUUCAGUGCAAGAGAAAAAAAAGAAAGGGGAAAAAGCACAGAGAAAAAGAAAGGGAAGAGGAAAGGGGAAAGAAAGUAUAGUAGAAGAACAGGAAGAAGAAAGGGUAGAAAGAGAGCAGAGAAAAAAGACCGGGGAAGAAAGAGAGCAGAGAAAAAAGACCGGGGAAGAAAGUACAGAAGAAGCAAGGAAGAAGAAGACGGCUGCAUGAAAAAUAAGAAGAAGAAAAAAUGUUGUUUUGAAUUAAAACCCUAGAAUUGGCUUGGGUUAUUUUUAAUUAAGAAUGUCUUGUUUUUACCGUGGGUUAAGUUGGAGCCCAAGCCCAAUA